UCCGCCUCUUGGUGGUGGUGGUGUUGUGCGCAAAAUCUCCGGCGCCGGACGAACGGACGCAGUUUGACGGCAAAAAACGAGCGGCACUGCGGGGGAAAACAUCCAAGAGGAAAAAAAAGAGAGAGAGGCAGACAUGGAUAUUUAACGGGCGUCUGGUCCUGUUGUUUUUUUCAAACAGAUCUGUUUGUGUGUUGUUUUUUUGGGGGGAGCUUGUGAUGUUGCUUUUGCCCCGGGGGUGUUAAUUAAACCUGCUCGAUGUCUCUCAUCAGUUUAUAACCGAAACAAAAUGAGGAUUUCUUCUGGCGACUGGUUUGUGUUAAUAUUCUCAUGCUUUUGGGGACUGACUAUGGGUGCUUUCCCGAGCAGCGUUCAGAUCGGCGGUCUGUUUAUCAGAAACACCGAUCAGGAGUACACUGCCUUUCGCUUGGCGAUCUUCCUGCACAACACCAGCCCCAACGCCUCAGAAGCACCGUUCAACCUGGUGCCUCAUGUGGACAACAUCGAGACCGCCAACAGCUUUGCCGUCACCAACGCCUGUAAGUCAGCUGCAUGGGUUCAUGCUGUCCUCGUGCACUAG